UUUUUUUUUGAUCGGCUUGAGCCCACCCGUAGAUUCACCCGUGAUUACAUUGUUAUUUUAUGAUAUUAUAUUUUGUAAUGCAGUGUGUUGCACUACCGGAACAGAAUGAGGGCACGAAAUCCCUUUACACGGGAAGGCAUCCGGGUUCUAAAAUGAAUAUACCUUUUUGGGGAUGGUUGAAGUAGAAUUGAGCUCCUUUCGCAUCCCAGAACGGGCCAUGAGUAUUAAUUUUCUGGUCUCUUUCAUGCAAAUCCAUUAAUUUUUUUUUUUCUUUUUUUAUGAAGAUUAGCCCAAAAUUGUGGUCAUGGAGGCCCAUAGUUUUUGGGCCUCUUUCAGCCCAAGGUCUAUCUCUCUUAUAUAAAUUCUCGAUCGUCUCUUUCAUCUACUCAUUGGCAAUCAAAUUUCCGACUCCAGAAUCAAGUGUUCAAGAAGUUGCGAUAAGCGUGAAAAUUUUCUAGAGAGAGAAAGUGAAGAAAUGAAUGGGACGUCGUCUCCCCUUCUGGUUUACUUGUCAGAAGAACCUGACUAUGACGAAGCACAAUCAGUUGAAAACAUAGAAAUGUCUGCGCAAGGUCAUGGAGGAGACGAAGACGACGACGACGACGAUGAUGAUGACGACGUGGAUGACAUAGCAGAGCAAUUCCAAUGCAUGAGUAUGACCCUCCACAAACGAGAACCAACCAAGCGAGGUGAAGAGCCAGUACAAUUGGACAACUAUGGUGUUUGGAGGCAAGAACAGAAGAGCAGAGCAGCAAAGCUAGAGAAACAUCUCAGGGCUCUAGACGACCUAAUUGAGGAACAACUGAACCGUUUCCAUGCCCAUUACAGCCAUCCCAUGGUCACAACCCGGCUCAAGGAUGUGGUCCAAUUGCUCGUGCCCAAGUGGGCCUCAGCCCACGAGAUGGCCGCUCAGGCCUGGUUUGGAGAUUGGAGGCCCUCCGCCAUUUUGGACCUCCUCCGCUCACUUGCACGCUCCUCACCUUCUUCGUUGUCUGAACCAAAUGACAUCGAACAGGCCUUGCCGGAUCUGAUCCAUGAGAUGCGGAUCGAGGAGGUGGUGCUGGAUGAGGAAAUGGGUGAGAUCCAAUCCACUUGUAUCCUCAACCUCCCUUUUGGGAUGGUCGACAACAGGCACAAUGGGCCUGGGUCUGCUAUGGCUUUUGUUCGGUCCGAGUUCAAUAAGAUCUUCGGGGUCAUCACUAAGGCCCAGAACCUCAGGUUCAAGGCAUGGGAGAUGGUGGUGAAGAAAGUGCUGAGCCGAACGGAUGCAGCCGAGUUCUUGGUGGCGUUCGCGGGAAUUCAAGACUCGAUCCACCAGGCCGCCACUCAGGCCAAGUUGCGCAAAGGUCCGGUCUCAUUGCCGGUCAAGGCCUUGGGGUCUAGUUGAGAAGCAUUUACAAAACCCCUGCUUCUAUAGUUGCAGUACCAGUAAAAUGUUGAUACACUCUUUUGAAUUGUUGAAAUGGUAAUAGAUGUUAAGACACCUUUUUUGGGACAACAUUGUAUGCUCAUUGAUGUGAAAUAGUCUAUGUCUACAGAAAUCAAUAUAGAGA